AUGGACUCUUCACACACGACCACAACUGUCACGACAGACAACACCCAACACAUGGACCACAAGAGCCAACAAUACGCCAGAAGUCGUUGGAACGGCUGGAAUGGGAACCGAUGCGUGGACCGCAAGCACUACACCCAAGCCAUCGACUUCUACACCACUGCCAUCCACUUGUAUCCAUACGAAUACCGCUAUUUCGUCAACAGAUCCUAUUGUUGGGAUCAGUUGCACAACUUCGAGAGAGCCCUCUGUGACGGCCAUCAGGCACUCGCUCUCGACCAACACAACAGUAAAUGUCAUUUCCGUGUCGGAAGGGCUCUGAAGGGACUGAAGCGACUGCGAGAGGCAGAGCACCACUUCCUGCAAGUGAUGCGAUUGGAGGCCAACACCUGUCACGAGGCCAUCGACGAGCUGACGCACGUCCGCACACUCGCCGCCAUCGAGUGCGGUGUCGGACACACCGUCGCGUCACAAGUGGCCAAUCGGUCCAAGAAUAUUGAGGACACCAUCGACACCAUCACCAAAGACCAGAUAAACCUGUCCUACGAUAAGACAAACGCGUCGUCCGCUAAAAGAGUUUUGUCUGAAACUCAAAACAAUUGUCUCCCGAAAGAGAGAUCCAGUGAACACUCGGAUGUGAAGCACAGAAUAGAUGUUCCGUUGACUCAUACUAACUCUUAUUCGAGUGGAAAGGGAUGUAAUCCUGAGAGGAAUGUCCUCAAAAAGAUUAGCGAUUUUCUGUUGAAUACAAAUACGGAUUCGAAUGACAAUAAGAGUGAAGACAAUCUGGUCUUCAUUUGUGAACCAAUCAAACGAUCCAUUCGUGAGAACAAAAGGGAUCCGAAGAAUCGAUUUGAAGACAAUAAGUCUAUUGAUUCGUUUGGAAGCGAACCAGAGAUUAGCAAUGAAUGCAAUUUGAAGAGUGGUUUCAACCGGAGGAAUGGUCGCAGAACUGAAUCAACUGAUCAAAUGAACGCCGUUUGGGACGACUCCAAGAGGAAUGGCUCUUCUUUUCGCUCAUAUAAUAAUAGUUACAAUGAAUUGAAUCGAAAAUCUGAACCAACAAAUGUGUGGCGAUUCAAAGGUCUUUGUGUGUCAAACAUCAUACCCAACGAACACACAAAGAGACAAUUGCGAGACAUUCUCAGCACUUAUGGCACUAUUGUUGCCAUUCAUGUGAUCCCUGAAAGACAAACCGCUGUCAUUCACUUCGAUAACCCAGAGUCACCCCGGGUUGCCAUGUCUAGGCUUCAGCCAAGUAAUGAAUACUACUUAUGGAAGACGUCGGGUGAGUGUUACUUCUGGAGGACUACCGGUUGCAAUCAGUACAGGUCCUGUAGACUCAAACACAUCCCCGCCAACAAAGGUGUUGAUCUACAGCCCUGGAUGCAAUCGAAACUCCAAACACGAAACAAACGAUACAACAGAAGAGCGUUUGAAGAUUUCUAA